UUACCGCUUCUCAGAUUUUCAGCUCUCUCUCUCUCUCUCCUCUCUGUAAUGGAGUCUCUGCUCGCGAACUACGCUUCCUCCGACGAAGAAGAAGAGCGGAAUCAAAGAUCGGAGGCGCCGGAGCCGCCGUCGUUUUCCGCCCGUGAUCCUCCUCCUCCUGCUCUUCCGUUUUCUUCGCUAGCUGCUUCUCUGUUCUCCUCUCUUCCGCAGCCUAAGCAGACCCCAAAGCCCGCUUUUUCUUCAAUUCCCAAUCCCCAAAACUCCCGCCCCUCUAAACCAGCCUUGCCAUCGGAGGAGGAAGAUGACUCCGAGCUUCCCAAUCCGAGAUUGAAGCUCUUCUCUUCCCUUCCCCAGCCCAAACAGUCCCAGAACCCCGGCCAGCAGACCAAGAGGGUCGUCCAAAUCCAAAUUCGUCCCCAGAUCAACCUCCCCUUUCCCAAGGGAGCCGAUGUCGACGACGAUGAAGAUGAUGACGACGAGGGCGAGAAGGAGAAGAAGCGCAAGAGGGAUUCGGAAUUGGCGGCUCAGAAUUCCUCCGUCCAGUCAUUUCUGUCAAGCUUGCCUGCUGCGAGGAGCUCUGCCACGUUGGGAGCUCUACCUUCCUCAGGUUCAGGUCGGAGGUCGAUUGUUGAUACGGACUCGAACGCUCCAACCUCGAGUGGAACCCUUGAAGGGAAUAGUCAGUCAGGGUUUGGACAAAACGGGGAGAACUAUAGUAACUACGCGAAUUAUGAUUCAGGUAUUGAUCAAAGUGGCGUGCCGCGUUCUGGUGGUUUCCUGGAGAACAGUGACGUUCAGGUGGGGGUUGAUCAAAGCAGUGGAGGGUAUUAUGAUUCGUAUGGCGACCCCAGUGGGGGCAGCUAUGCAGGAUAUGAUAGUAGUUAUGGGGUUCACUACCAUGCCGGGGCUGAUCAAAGUUCAAGUGGGGGAGAGAAUUUGAGUUAUGCAGGAGGCUACGCGAGCUAUGGCGACUAUGGGAAUGGUUCGGUUGAGAGCGAGAUUAAAGUGACUGGGAAAAGAGGGAGGAAUGAGAUUCCUGCAGAGAUAGUCGAGGUGAAGCAGGAUGAGUUGAUAAAGAAUAGGCCAAGAGAGGAUCAGAUGAAACUGACUGGGAUUGCCUUUGGGCCUUCUCGAGAGCCUGUCUCAACUAAGGGGAAGCCCAGCAAGCUGCACAAGAGAAAGCAUCAGAUUGGCACGUUGUUCUACGACAUGAAGCAGAAGGAGAUGGAGCUCACAGAAAGGCGUGCUAGAGGCUUCCUCACGAAAGCUCAGACACAAGGCAAGUAUGGGUGGUAACUUCUUGCUACCCGACAUUGUAUCUGUUGAGUUGCAACUAAGUUCCCUUCUAUAGGUGCUUCGGCUUUGGUUUUUCUGUAACAAAGUACAAACUGAACCUUGUAUUUUUGGUAUUGGUCAAAGAGAAUGCAAUGCUAUUGUUUACUUAGAA